UUAUAGAGAGAUCGAGUCUCUGAACGGACGGACCAGGCAGCAACGAAAAUACACACAGGGGAAAUAUAUCAGUCUACUAGCCUACUGCAAGCACCUGGGAGAGAGAGUGCGCCACAGAGACUGCAGGUUAGGUUGAAGAAGAACAGUGAUUAAGAGGAAGAUAGAUACUUGAAGAGGAGAGUGGAGUGGACUGGGUCUUCUCCGUUGUAAAUGUGCACGAGUCCGAGGCAUUCUGAUUGAGGAGAGAGGCGGGUCUUAUCUGCGUCUGGGGGGGAGGACCUUCGUGUCAGAUAACCAAUCAUGGAGAGGACGAGGACGAGGGCGGGUGCAGCAGUCUUCCUGAUGCUGAUCUUGGGUCACCUAGGCAAUGCUCUGGAGGUCCCACUAGACCCAAAAGUUCUGGAAGAAUUGGCGCAGCCGCCAACCAUAACUCAACAGUCCCCCAAGGAUUACAUCAUCGACCCUCGGGAGAGCAUCGUCAUCCACUGUGAGGCCAAAGGGAAGCCACAUCCCAGCUUCUCGUGGACCAGGAACGGGACCCACUUUGACAUUGACCAGGAUCCCAAGGUGACGAUGCGACCCCGGUCUGGUACCCUGGUGGUGGACAUCAGUGGGGAGAAGGCCGAGACGUACGAGGGGGUCUACCAAUGUACAGCCAGAAACAAACACGGGGCCGCAGUAUCCAACAAUAUUGUCAUCAGACAGUCCAGGUCCCCCUUGUGGUCAAAGGAGAGGAACGAGCCAAUCAGAGUUCAGGAGGGCGAGGCUCUAGUGCUACAUUGCCGGCCCCCUGCUGGCCUGCCCCCUCCUAUCAUCUUCUGGAUGGACGUUAACUUCCAGAGACUGCCUCAGAGCAGCCGUGUGUUCCAGGCGUUGAAUGGAGACUUGUACUUCUCCAACGUUCUGAAGGAGGACUCGAGGAAUGACUACAUCUGUUACGCCCGUUUCCCUCACACUCAGACCAUCCAGCAGAAACAACCCAUCACCCUCUUAGUGCUCAACCUGGAUGCAGUCAAUGAGACUGUUGCUGCUUUAUUCAAUGAAACUGAUUUUUUUAGUGACGGCUCCGUGGAGGAGAGGAAACCCACUUUCCUCAUCCCUUCUGGCUCCAGCAGCUCCAAGAUGGUGCUGAGAGGACAGGUCCUGGAGUUGGAGUGCAUCACUGAGGGACUUCCCACUCCAGAGGUCUCGUGGAGUAAGCUGAGCGGGGAGUUCCCUGACAAGCGUACCUCCAUCGUGACCUUCCAGAAGAUACUGCGUAUCGUGAACGUAUCCGAUGCCGACGCUGGCGAGUACCGCUGCACUGCCCACAACCGCUUGGCCUCCAUACACCACACCAUCCGUGUCACCGUCAAAGCGGCACCGUACUGGAUCACUACCCCCAGGAACCUGGUGCUGGCCCCUAGAGAGAAGGGUCAAUUGAUCUGUAGGGCCAGUGGUACUCCCAAACCCACCAUCAACUGGGCCAUGAAUGGCAUCCCCAUAGAGAAUUCACCUGAGGACUCCAAUAGGAAGGUGGAGGGCGACACCAUCAUCUUCGAGGAAGUCCAAACUGGAUCCAGUGCAGUCUACCAGUGCAACGCAUCCAAUGAAUAUGGAUAUCUGCUGUCCAAUGCCUUCGUCAACGUUCUCUCUGAAACACCCAGAGUAUUGACUCCAGCUAACCAGGUCUACCAGGUGAUCCGAAACAACCACGCCUUGCUGGACUGUUCCUCCUUCGGCUCGCCCAUCCCCAAAAUCACAUGGUUUAAGGACAGCCAGUCCAGCACCCUGGAAGGGGACCCCUACUUGCUGCAUGAAAACGGGACUCUGGAGAUAUAUGUGGUCCAGGCCCUCAACAGUGGGAAGUAUAUCUGUGUGGCCAGGAACACUCUGGGCAUCGCUGAGAACCAUGUCUAUCUGGAGGUCAAAGAGCCAACUCGUAUCCUGAAGCAGCCGAAAUACAAGGUGGCCCAGAGAAACAUGAACGUGGUGUUUGAGUGUAAAGUAAAACACGAUCCCACCCUCAUCCCCAUCAUGAUCUGGCUGAAAGACAACGGAGAGUUGCCCGACGACGAGAGAUUUCUGGUGGACUCUGACAGCUUGACCAUAACAGAUGUGACAGAGAACGACGCGGGAACGUACACCUGCAUAAUGAAUACUACUCUGGACCAUGACUCUGCCAGUGCUGAGCUCACUGUCGUCGAGGCAGCUCCUACUCCAGCUGUCAUCUAUGAACAACCAGACCCUCCUACUGACCUGGAGUUGACCGACAUGAAACCCAGGAGUGUCCAGCUCACCUGGAUACCUGGAGACGAACACAAAAGCCCUAUUCACAAAUUUGUGAUCCAGUACACAGACUCUCUCCACGAUCAUGGCCACUGGCACAACCUGACGCAUGUCCCGGGCAGCAAGACCACGGCCCACCUCGAACUGUCCCCUUACGUUCACUACUCCUUCAGAGUCCUGGCCCUGAACGCUGUGGGUCUCUCCGAUCCCUCCAACCCCUCCCACAUGUACAAGACCAAUCCUGCAGCUCCAGAUGAGAACCCCAGCGGAGUGAAAGGUUUUGGAACUGAACAUGACAAUCUUAUGAUAUUGUGGAAGCCACUGUCAGGCCUCCAGGCUAACGGUCCAGGCCUACAGUACAAGGUGAUGUGGAGACAGAAGGAUGUGGACAAGAACUGGACGUCAGUGACCGUGGCCAACGUCUCCAAGUUCAUGGUCUCUGGGACUCCCACCUUCACACCAUACGAGGUUAAGGUUCAAGCCAUUAACAACAACGGGAUUGGCCCUGAUCCAGCUGUGGUCACUGGACACUCCGGAGAGGACUUGCCGGUGCAGGCUCCAGACAGUGUCCAGGUCCUAGUGUUGAACAGCACCCUGGCUGAGGUGCACUGGGAGCCUGUCCCACUGAAGACAGUACGGGGACACCUCAAGGGAUACAAGGUGUAUUACUGGCGUGAGAGGAGCCUCCACAAACACAACCCCCACCGUGUGGAGCAGCAGCUUCUGUCCUUCAGUGGGAACAAGAGUCAUGGCAUGCUCCCAGGCCUGCAGCCCUACAGCCUCUACCUGUUCAACGUCAGGGUUUACAAUGGCAAGGGGGAGGGCCCCGCCAGCUCCAACUUGCAGUUUGAGACCCCCGAAGGAGUUCCUGGGCCGCCAUCUUUCCUGAGGAUCACCAACUCUAACCUGAACAAUUUGACUCUGGAAUGGGGUCCUCCCAAUGACCACAACGGGCACCUCACCGGCUACAUCCUCAAAUACCAGCAAGUCAACAACUCCAACGAGCUGGGUCCGAUUGAAGAGCUGGCCCUGCCGGCCAACAAGACCUCCGUCACGCUCCCCAACCUGAAGUACAGCACACGCUACAAGUUUUAUUUCAAUGCCAAAACAGGCCAGGGAGCAGGGCCCGUCAUUACAGAGGAAGCCGUCACAAUUAUGGACGAAGUCCUAAUGUAUCAGCCUUCAGUAGACGAGGUUGGAGGAGGGUACACCCGAACCCAAACCUCACCUCCCAUAGCAGGGUCUCCUCCACGCCACCCAUUCCACAAGGUGCAUCCAGCGGCUCCGGCAUUCGGGAACGUUAGCUCCUCCGUGGGAGAGGACGGAAUGCUUAUCAGUUGGGAGUACUGGGGAGCAGAAAAACAUGUUUAUGUAGAAUAUAUCAUUAAGAACGACAACACUCUCGGUGAAGAGGAUUGGCAGAAAGAGUAUGUAAAUGGAUCUCAGGCCUAUGUGCUGAAGGGCUUAAAGGAGGGCCUGUCCUAUAGGGUACGCGUGGUUGCCAAGGGUCACGACGACCAAGCGGUGCUCCACCAAUCAGAAGAGCUUUUGGUGACCGUUCCAGCUAUGCCAUCCAGACAGGCUGACAUCGCUACUCAGGGCUGGUUCAUCGGCCUGAUGUGUGCCAUCGCUCUCCUCAUCCUCGUCCUCCUCAUCAUCUGCUUCAUUAAGAGGAAUAAGGGAGGCAAAUACCCAGUGAAAGAAAAAGAGGACGCUCACACAGACCCAGAGUUCCAGCCCAUGAAAGAGGAUGACUGUACUUUUGGGGAAUACAGUGACACUGAGGACCAUAAGCCAUUAAAAGGGAGCCGCACACCUUCUAACGGGACGGUGCACAGGGACAGCAGUGACGAAAGUUUAGUUGACUAUGGAGGUGGAGAUGGACAGUUCAACGAGGAUGGGUCUUUUAUUGGGCAGUACAGUGGAAAGAGCUCCAUCAGGGAAACUGCUGAGGCCCACUCCCCGGUUAACACAACCACUAUGAACUCCUUUGUGUAGCCAGUCAACUGGUCAGCCAGGCCACUAGGUGGCGCUACAGUAUAUGCAACUUUUUUGUGUAGCCAGGCCACUAGGCAGCGUUGCGGAUUCUUAUAUAUUCUUUGCGUAGCUAAUUAGACGUUUAUCCUCCCAGCCAAUAGGAGACACUGCGGUGACUGUUCCAUCCCCCCAUAUCACAGGGCAAUCACAUCAUUGUGUGGCUUAUCAUCAUCAUCAUCAUCAUCAUUACAUGCCCCACCCAUCUGCACCCAGAACCACCAAUGAGAACCACCCUGCUGUCACAUACACAUAAGAUACACAUUGGAGAUACAUUUACAUUUUACAUUUAAGUCAUUUAGCAGACGCUCUUAUCCAGAGCGACUUACAAAUUGGUGCAUUCACCUUAUGACCUCCAGUGGAACAGUAGUGCAUCUAAAUCUUUUCAGGGGGAGGGGGGGUGAGAGGGAUUACUUUAUCCUAUCCUAGGUAUUCCUUAAAGAGGUAAGGUAAGAUACUAGAUACUCCUGGAGGACUAUGAUUCUUAUAGAGUGCAUGGAAAUCCUGAGACGAUGUACAUACAUAUAUUAACAUAUUGAGAUGAACACUAAUUAGUAUAUUACAUGGAAGACAUUGUCUAUCUUAUUGUCUAUCUUGGACUACUAUGCGGUUCACAUUUGUAUCAUUUACCAUAUUGUUUUUACAGUCAAAGCGUUAUCUUGAUAUUAUUGUGUAUGUUAGAGGUGCUUUUUGUCCCUCAGGGCCACCAUAAAGAGGCAUCAAUGUCUUGGUGGACCUAGUGGUGAAAUGAGUUACUAAAUGUAUGGCUAUUAUUCUAUGUAUUUUUGCAAGACGGGCAGUUUGUACAGUUUAUACAGUUGUUGUUGCAGAAAGGUUGAAUUAACAGUCACAUAAUGAAAGGUUGAAUUUACAGUAACAAAGGUAGAGGUUGAAUUUACAGUCACAAAGGUAAAGGUUGAAUUUACAGUAACAAAGGUAAAGGUUGAAUUUACAGUAACAAAGAUAAAGGUUGAAUUUACAGUAACAAAGGUAAAGGUUGAAUUUACAGUAACAAAGAUAAAGGUUGAAUUUACAGUAACAAAGGUAAAGGUUGAAUUUACAGUAACAAAGGUAAAGGUUGAAUUUACAGUAACAAAGGUAAAGGUUGAAUUUACAGUAGCAAAGUUAAAGGUUGAAUUUAAGGUAACAAAGGUAAAGGUUGAAUUUACAGUAACAAAGGUAAAUGUUGAAUUUACAGUAGCAAAGGUAAAGGUUGAAUUUACAGUAGCAAAGUUAAAGGUUGAAUUUAAGGUAACAAAGGUAAAGGCUGAAUUUACAGUAACAAAGGUAAAGGUUGAAUUUACAGUGCAGGAUUUUGUACAGUAUGUAUAUGCAGACAGAGAGCUCCUAAAUGUAGUAUUCUUUUGCUGCGAAUGCAAAUGCUGAUGCUAUACACGCCCUCAUGAUGUCAUCCUCAUGACCUUUGACCUGCGUGUGAUCUCAUUUCCUGUGGUUGCAACUCACAUGAUCUCCCCUGAUGGUGACCUUAUGCCUCUUCUUGUCAGAUGGUGACCUUAUGGCUCUUCUUGUGGUGCGUGUGUCUGUGUGCACGUGUGUGUGUGCUGUUGUUGAGGGGAUAUUAGUCAUGCUAGGAAAGAGGUGCUCACUCGUAUAAAGUACAUUUAAGGUGACAAGGGUUCGCAAGCUAUUUUCUUUUCUUAACUUGCAUCAAGUUUUACGUUGUUGUUGUUUUUUUUUUUACAGAAAUGUUGAUUAUUUGUUGAAUUUGUAAAUAUAUCAUUUUGAAUGUACAGAGAAACACAGCUAGAAGAGCUUAAAGGGAUAAAGGGAUGGUUCACCUAAAUUACAAAAUUCGAUGACAACCUGAAAGGAAGAACUGCAUGAAAUAGUUUGAGAGAGCUGUGUUCAAUAUAGGCUACUAUAUAUAUAUAUAUAUAUAUGUAUUUUUUUGUUUUUCUUUCUUUUUUCUUAGCUGUGAACAUUGUACUUUAUUGUAACUAACAGGACAAAAUGUUGCCCAUGAGUUCAAAUUUGAUCUUUUUUUCAUUUGUCAGCAAUAUAGUUGUGUGUUUCUGAAAUGUCACUUCUCUGUAUUAAAUUAAACCAUACAGUACUCAGUAAACAUUGAGAUUUAAUGUACUUUGGAGUGUUAGAUAAGUACUAUAAUGUACUAUAACAUUGUGGUAUUCUGCUUCAUGUGGGUUAUUCAGUACAAUGUCUACCAAACUCAUCCACUCUGUGACAGUAUUGCAAAACGGUUGUAUUCUUAUUCAAAAACAGUUUCAAGGUUUUUACUAACAAUUUAUGUCUCUUUUCAUUUAUAUUUAAGUUUCUCCACUUAGUGCAAGAAUGAAGUGGAAAUAUAAUGAAUGAAUAAAAUAUAUUGAUCUGC